CAUCUUUACUUCGCUGAUAAAAUACCCCAAACAAAACGCUGUCAUGUAAAAUUUAGCACCUUCCGUUGGACAAUUGUUUAUAUCUGAAACGUAAUAGCGCAGGCUCAGUGGAAAUACAACGCAGGAAGACCUAAUCGCCGGCAGCCAUGGACGAAUCGGUGCGAUAUGACCGCUGCCAACAAGUGCAGCUGGGCGUUUUGAGCGAAUCGCAGUUGUCAUCUGUGGAGGAGGACGUGCAGAAUCUGCCGCUGCAGGGAACGGGAAACAUCCUCUUCACCCACGACGGCGUGCUGCUGAAGAAAGCCAGUGCGGAGCACAUAGCUGAUCUGAACACCAGCGGCUCUCUUUCCCUGGUGGAGUAUUCGCGAACCUCCGCGGAACUGCCCCGCAGGAGGCUGUUGCUGGAGUGGCAGCCCAAUGACAGCAUCAUGAUCGCGGACGACAGCCAGGACCAGGGCGACUGGGCGCUGGUAGACAGGAUUUCCGGGCGAACACGCACCACCUCCGAGUGCCGUGCCUUCAACACUAGGCCCACUGAACCGAGCGGUGGGGCGAGCACCCGUUCGCGAAUCAUGCGCGCUCAACUGGAAGACUUGUCGUCCGUAGAGGUGCGCCAUCGCGGACAGACGAUCCGCUUUAUGCGGAAAGGGGCCAAUGGCUUGCACAGUGAGUUCUUUUUCCAGCACGGAAACGCAGACCUGUUUGUGCGCUCGAUGCGCGAUCAGCACCUUAUCGAGAACGCCGAGACCAGUCGGAGCGGCGGCGAGGAAUAUGCCAUCCUGACAACCGAGAACCAGAAAUUGAAAAAGACGUUUGCAGAACUUGACAUUGGCCAGAUCAAGGCCAGCCAUUUGCCACGUGAAAGCUGGCUGCCCAACAAGCUGGCCGGAUUCCUGGGCAACAUUCCCGACUACGUACAGCCUCCGUUCCAGCGCUCACCCAAAUCGAGGCCGGGUGCAUUGAUCUCCGGCGAUCGGCAGACUUCACCGGACAAUUAUCAAAUUAUUGGGCUAAGUGGCAGCACGAAUAGUGCCAGUUCCUCGAACGGACAGAGUCGUGGGGGCAGUGCAGAGAAGUCUCCCGCCGACAGUGAGCUGGAAACUCUUAAUGCCCAGGACGAAAAAAUAGUUAACAACUUGCCUGAUCGCCAGCGGGUGGAGAGAGGUCUUCCCCUAAGCGAGACUCAGUGGCUGGAGUUUCAGACGCCAGACGGGCGAAUUUCCGAUAGCGCACGAAUCAAGGAGAUCAUCUUCCGCGGCGGCGUCGUCCAGAGCCUGCGGUCAGAGGUAUGGAAGUUCCUUCUCAACUACUACCUUUGGUCUGAUACUCAUGUGGAGCGGAUCGAGCGCCGUAAGCAAAAGUCUAUUGAGUACUACAACAUGAAGGCCCAGUGGCUGGCUAUGACUACGGCCCAGGAAGCGAACUUCUGUGGCUACCGGGAGCGCAAGUGCCAGAUUGAAAAGGAUGUGAAACGCACAGAUCGUUCUCUGCAAUUCUUUGCCGGAGAGGAUAAUCCCAAUCUAACCCUUCUCCAGGGUAUCCUUAUGACUUACGUGAUGUACAACUUUGAUCUUGGUUACGUUCAGGGAAUGUCCGAUCUGCUUGCGCCCAUUUUGGAGAUCCAGGUGAACGAGGUGGACGCCUUCUGGUGCUUUGUGGGCUUCAUGGAGCUGGUGUUCACCAACUUUGACAUCGACCAGGCGGGUAUGAAGACACAGUUCGCCCAGAUUCGUCGCCUUAUUGAAUUUGCCAAUGCCCCCCUAUUUAACUACAUGAGAUCCCACGACUCGGACAACAUGUACUUCUGCUUCAGAUGGCUCUUGGUUUGGUACAAGCGGGAACUAAACAACGAGGACGUUUUGAAGCUAUGGGAAUGUCUGUGGACUCGGCUUCCCUGCCCCAACUUCCACCUACUCUUCUCGGUGGCUAUCCUCGAUCAGGAGACGAGAGUGAUUAUCGAGAGCCAGUAUGAGUUCACAGAAAUCCUGAAGCAUGUGAACGAACUGUCUGGAAAUAUAGAUGUUCAAAAAACCUUGCAGGUUGCUGAGGGUAUAUACCUGCAGCUCAAGGCCUCAGAAACGUUGCCCAAUGACAUACGUAGCAUCAUAGGCGAGCCACUUCUGCCAGCAGCCACCGGUGAAGAGAUUGAUGGGGGCAUGGCAGACGAAGAACCCGCUUACUCGGACGACGGCUUCGACGAAUUGGUGAAAGAACUCACUCCCGAGGAGAAGGUUCGGCAGCAAGUUUUGCUUGAAGAGGCCUGCGAGCGCUCCCUCUUCCUUCAGUUCCACUAAUUCAAAUGAAUUGAAAUCGAUGGACACCUGGAAAAAGCAAAAAGCCUCCAGAAAAGUAUGCGCAAAUUACUCUGCCCUUCAGGAUCGUUGGUUAACUAGAUUGUAUUUGCGGGUGCCAAAUAUGGGUCAAAAUUGUGGCUCUUAUAAAUUCACUGUUACAAAAAAGAUCAAUCCAGCAUCUGACUGUUUACCCGUGUUAAACACGGUCGCCCAAGAGCAUCCGUAAAAAAUCAUAUUUUGGUAAAACAAAACCUUGGGGCAGUGUUAUCAUAGACUAUAAGACUUAAAGUUUACUAUCGCAUCGAACUAAGCGAGCCGGGCCAAGCGGAUACACUGAUUUAUAUAUUGUAUAUUAUACAUUUGUACUCUUUUGUAAUUAUUGUAAGUUCCUUUCCUCUCCUCAGAACAAAAACUCCACCCUCAUCCCAUAUUCGAUCACCUUUAAAUAUAUAAAGAAUUUCGUUCUCGUGCCUGUGAACUCAAAACAUUUGGGUAUCACUUUGUUUGCUUUAUUGGAUUUUUACUUCCUUUGUUGUCUUUUUUUAAGUUUAGUCAAUUACUAAGAAUAUACAUCCCUAUACAAUUACAUUACAAAAUUACAAGUGCAUAGCAAAAAAAUCUAAAUACAACACCAAAGUUCACACAAAGAA